CUCCUCUAGAGGGCGCUGUGCGAAAGGAAGAACUAACGUAGAAGAAGAGGACUGUGGGCGGCGGCGGGAAACAUAAAUAGGAGCUCUGUCUUUAUAUGAGUAAAAUACAUGUACUUUUAUUCUCCGAGGCCGGACUGUAAAAACUACCCAACAAAACAUGGUUCAAGAAUUUCAUGUACUGAGAUGUUUUUCCUGUCAAACAUUUCAAGUACAGCAGGUCAAGAAGAGUAAGACAUGGACAUGUAAAGUGUGCGGCGAGAAGCAGUCAUUGAUGAAGGAGUUUGGUCGAGGCGCUGCAGCUGACUGCAGAAGGCAUGUCCAGAAGCUGAACGCUCUGCGAGGACAGAUGCUGGAGGUGAACAGUGAACAGCUGCUGUCACAGCGGGAACCGGAUGAAAACGAAGAUGUUUAUGAAAGUCUGGAUCAAAAUCCUAAAUCAGAGCAGGAAGUGGCUCACGUCAGCCGCUGGAGUAAAUACACUGAUCAAACAGCUGAGGGUCCAAAUGGACAUGAAGAAGAGGAAGAAGAUGAUAAUGUUUACACAGAAAGACACAGAUUCAGAAGCCAAGAAACCAGGAAAAGGAAGAAAAUCUCCUCUUCAAAGUCUUUGGGUGGCCGUGAUGGUAACUGUGAGGAUGAGGAGUCAUGGACUGGUCGUUCUGGGUUUAAGAGACGGCCGGAUCAGCCUCUGCAGCAUGACAGGAGAUUCAAUUCAUCGUGGAGUAAAGGAUCUGCUUCCAAAUAUUCCUCCUGUGGCAGGUCAGGUGAUAUGGACCCGUGCACUAGCACAAAUCUCCCAUCAUCCCGUCAGGCUGAUUGUUAUCCUACAGCCUGCUCCAGUUCCACAGCGGAGAACUCUGGUGAAAAUAAACAGCAGUGUAACUCUUCACAUAAGCCGCCAGCAGCUGAGGUAACCAAAGGCCUUCUCCUGCACAGCAGCAGUCCUUCUGUUUCUUCUCGUCAGAAGUUUGGUGAAUCGAAGAUUGAGAAUAAGGACUCCAAAUGGGACAAAUUCCUCACAGUUGUCCCUAAUCAGCAGGAUGAGGAAGAGUAUGACUAUGAAGCUCAAGAUUCCUCUAAUUACAGUGAUAACACAGCAGUGGCUUGUUUCUCAGAAGCACUUACAGACAAAAGUGUGGAUUCUGAAGAGUGCGGAUAUCCACUGGAUGGAAAGAAGGACAGUGGUGCUCUCGGGAGGCAGAAGCCUGUUGGUGUUAUUUGUGUGGAUGGAAAUUUAUCCAGUCCAAACAUCAGUCAUGGCUCAAAGCCAGCCGGUUUUGAAAACGCUGUCUGUAAACAGCCUACACUAUUUAAUAUUAUUAAUCAGGAAGUGGCUCACGUCAGCCGCUGGAGUAAAUACACUGAUCAAACAGCUGAGGGUCCAAAUGGACAUGAAGAAGAGGAAGAAGAUGAUAAUGUUUACACAGAAAGACACAGAUUCAGAAGCCAAGAAACCAGGAAAAGGAAGAAAAUCUCCUCUUCAAAGUCUUUGGGUGGCCGUGAUGGUAACUGUGAGGAUGAGGAGUCAUGGACUGGUCGUUCUGGGUUUAAGAGACGGCCGGAUCAGCCUCUGCAGCAUGACAGGAGAUUCAAUUCAUCGUGGAGUAAAGGAUCUGCUUCCAAAUAUUCCUCCUGUGGCAGGUCAGGUGAUAUGGACCCGUGCACUAGCACAAAUCUCCCAUCAUCCCGUCAGGCUGAUUGUUAUCCUACAGCCUGCUCCAGUUCCACAGCGGAGAACUCUGGUGAAAAUAAACAGCAGUGUAACUCUUCACAUAAGCCGCCAGCAGCUGAGGUAACCAAAGGCCUUCUCCUGCACAGCAGCAGUCCUUCUGUUUCUUCUCGUCAGAAGUUUGGUGAAUCGAAGAUUGAGAAUAAGGACUCCAAAUGGGACAAAUUCCUCACAGUUGUCCCUAAUCAGCAGGAUGAGGAAGAGUAUGACUAUGAAGCUCAAGAUUCCUCUAAUUACAGUGAUAACACAGCAGUGGCUUGUUUCUCAGAAGCACUUACAGACAAAAGUGUGGAUUCUGAAGAGUGCGGAUAUCCACUGGAUGGAAAGAAGGACAGUGGUGCUCUCGGGAGGCAGAAGCCUGUUGGUGUUAUUUGUGUGGAUGGAAAUUUAUCCAGUCCAAACAUCAGUCAUGGCUCAAAGCCAGCCGGUUUUGAAAACGCUGUCUGUAAACAGCCUACACUAUUUAAGAUGCCGUGUUCAAGCCUUUCCAUAAACUCCCUGUUCUUUACUGAUGAAGACUUUGACGACACAUUUUGAGAAUAAGUUGCAUUCUAUUCAAAAAUCUAAGUUUUAUGAUGUUACCAUAUCCUCUUGCAUUGGUAGUUACACCACUCUCCACAGUUUUGCACAUUUAAGAAAAUACAAACUUUUUUUUUUUUUGCAUUUUAUUGAGGAUAGAAAGUACAGGAAUUUUAGAAGACCUACAGUGACAUUAACCUGAUUCCAUCUGUUUAUUCAAACUAACAAUAAAAUUUCUGCUGAGCCUACAAACUCUUCUUAUUAGUUAUGUAAAUUCAAACAGAAAAAAAA